CCAGCCAUGGAUGGUCCAAGGGACACAAGGCGCUGUGUACGCAUCCUUCGCGGAGAGGCAUCGUGGCUCUGGAGAAAGCUGCGUGGCAAGAGGCGGCUGGCGAUGGCAUUCUGCCUCUUAACGACUCUGUCUGUGGUGACUGUCACCCGCUUGCCCCCACAGCGCCCAGCCACUGGCCCAGACCCUGGCCCCAUGGAGCCCCAAGGGGUUGCUGACGUCCCUGCCCCCCAGAGUCGGCAGGCUCUGAGCUCCAGCUGGAGGCAGCGGGCAAGAAGGUUGAGGAGAAGCUGGGCCUUGCCCGGGAGCUCCAUCCUGGUGUGUGUGGAGGAGCAACACCACAGAGGGCAUGUGGACAGCAGCAGACGGUCCCCAGGGAAGGAGAGCAGCCAUCCAGGGAGGAUUGGUAGUGACAUUACUUUGGUACCUGCAGAAGACCUGAGACUCAGUACCCGGCGUCUUGUGCUCCUGCAGGGGGAGGCGGUCAGGGGUCCAGGAGCCAAAGAACUGGACCCACCCUGGCACCAUGGUCCCCUCCCGGAGGCACCGAGUAAGACAAGCACCCCAGGUGACCCCCUCACAGGGCAUGACAUGUCAGCCUUACAGACUUGGACAGCUACUGCUGGACUGACCCUCCAGCCCCCUCCAGAAGGCGGGGGUCUGCCAGGAGUCUGGAACAGAGCCUGGACUGGUGGCCAACAAGUGGGGGGCCCUGCCCCCACCAAAGAGGCUCACUGGUGGCCUGGCUCUGCUGGGGAGCUGCAAGGAUCUGUCUGGUGUGACACUGAGACUCCCGGGCUGUCCAGUGGCUUCAGGACCGGUGAGCAGGUCCCCCCGUGGCUCACAGAGCAGGAUGUGCAGACCCUCCAGCUUCUGGCCCAGGGGGAGGUGGUGGGCAAAGCCCGGGUGCCCGGCCACGGGCAAGUGCUGCUAGUCGGUUUCUCCAGCGAGGGGGCCCUUCAGGAUGCAGCUCCUGGGCUCAGCCAGCUCUGCUCCCAGGGGCUCUGUGGCUUGAUCAAGAGGCCUGGGGACCUAUCCGAGGUCCUGUCCUUCCACGUAGACCGCGUGCUGGGGCUGCGCCGGAGCCUGCCCGCGGUGGCCAGGCGCUUCCACAACCCCCUGCUGCCCUACCGCUACACGGACGGCGGCGCCCGGCCAGUCAUCUGGUGGGCGCCCGACGUGCAGCACCUGGGUGACCCGGAGGACGACCAGAACUCUCUGGCCUUGGGCUGGCUGCAGUACCAGGCCCUGCUGGCACGUGGCUGUGGCCGACCCAGCCAUGCCCCAUGCCUGGGCAUCCACCACGGCGAGUGGUCACGCCUGGCGCUCUUCGACUUCCUGCUGCAGCCUCACGAAUCCUCUAACAGACAGCCGUUCAGUGCGGGGCCAGCCCGCUGCCCUCCUCGGAGAUGCUGCCGCCCUGGGGAUGUCUGGCAGCGAAUAGACCCAGCCAGGAGCCACCCUUUCAAUGAAGACCCUGGGCCCGUGACUGUCCCCAGCACCCUGGGGCACCGCGUCCAUCUUCUGUCCCUGUCCAUCUUCUUCCCCGAGGUGCGGAGCAGUGACCCCACUCGUCUGGUCUACAUCGAUAACGCUGGCCACCUUCAGCAUCCGGAGCACAAGCUGAACUUCCGGCUCCUCAAGGGCAUCGAUGGGUUUCCUGAGUCUGUCAUGAAGGUUCUGGAAUCAGGGUGUCUACAGAAUAUGCUGCUCAAGUCGCUACAGACGGACCCAGUGUUCUGGGAAAGCCAAGGUGGGCGACAGGGCCUGCAGCAAGCCCUGCAGACCCUGCAGCAGCGAGCACAGGUCCUGCUGCACCACAUCCGGACGCACAACCUGACAGUCUUCCCGGACUGAGGCCCGUAAGCCCCGCCCACCUCACCCCGGGUCCAGGAGGGACUCUUAAGCCCCGCCCACCCCUCCCCCUCCGCGCCGGGCGGGACUCUCGCCUUACCGCGGGAGAGUCAGUCACUAUGCGACCUGAGGGGAUAAGCGCCCAUCCUCAUGGCCACAAUUUCUUGUGUUGAAAAUGUCUCGAAGACAAAAGGGAAAAGUCAGAAACCAGGAGGGCACCAUGGACGCCGUGGGAUGUGUCGCAUGCCUGGGCUGGUGGAGGAGGUGGUGGGGGUUGGAUUUUCAAUCUCUUCACGUUCCUUUCUGCCAGCUCAGCUGACUGUUUACUCUCCUGCACCAAUAAAUACACAAGAAUGUUCUAUGAA